CGCGCGCGCACACGUCUCCGAGGAUUAUUUCGCCGUUUCCUGCAAUGCUGGAUGCCCUCAUUUCGGAGUUAUUACAAAUUUGUGUUCUUCCUUCGAAUGGUUCUCUUCCUGCCAUCAACUACGCUCAUUUCUGACCAUCUGUUUCAGAUGGAAUAACUACCAAACAAGCCAAUGCCAAUAACAAAAAUAGCUAAAUAGAUUUUUAUAACAAUGGUCACAAAGAAGAACCAAGAAACGACUCCACUAGAUGGCAAUGAAGAGCCAGUAAAGCUGGAUGCGGUGCUCAAUAGGCUGGGUGCUUUCGGGAAGCACCAGCUGAUCACCAUGUGCAUGCUGGCUCUGGUGUACGCCACCAACUCCAUGUACAACGUCAACUACGUCUUCGCAGUGGAGGAUGUGAACUACAGGUGCAAAGUGGCGGAAUGCGAAUCAGCCGGAACCUCCUUCGUAGUGCCGUGGCUCAACGCGUCAGACUCCGAGCUGGAUAGCACUGGCUUCAAGCAGUGCCACCAGCAUCCCCCUCUCGACAACACCUGCCGCGUCUUCAACACCAGCGUGUCGCGGGAGUGCAAGGAGUGGGCUUAUGAGAUACCUCAUAGCUUUGUGGCUGAGUUCGGCUUGGCUUGCGAGGAAUGGAAGCCUCCACUGGUCGGCACCAUACACAGUUUCGGGAGUAUGGUUGGACUGCUCGUCCAAGGACAGAUCUCAGACAGGUUCGGUCGCAAGACUGCAGCCGUGUUCGCCGGCACCAUGGGCGCCGUGCUCGGUCUGACCAAGAGCUUCGCCACGUCCUUCUGGCUCUAUCUCGCCCUGGAAGGACUGGAAGCGGCCAUUGGUGACGCUUUGUCACCCAUGUUUAUGUUAAGUAUUGAAAUUGUGGAAAAGAAACGCGCAGUUCUCUUCCAAAUGAUACUCCUAAACUGCUACACCAUCGGUCAAAUCAUCAUGCCAUUCAUAGCCUGGGGCGUACCCUACUGGCGCAACUUCCUCAGGGUCAUCUACGCGCCCACCCUCAUCAUCCUCACAUACUCCUUCUUCCUGGACGAGAGCAUCCGGUGGCUGUUCAGCAAGGGAAAGAAAAAACAAGCCAUUAAACUGAUAGAGAAGAUUGCGAAAAGAAAUAACGUGAAAGUGGAAAAAUCCCUGAUAAACAAACUGAACUACAUAGACGAAGAUACAUCAAGUAGCGUAACGGACAGGAAGUUGCUCGUAAAGACCUUCAGGUCCAGAAUAAUGCUGCAGAGAUUCCUUGUGUGCAUGGUUUGGUGGUUCACCAUAACUCUUAUAAACUUCGGAAUGAUGAUCAGUUCAGUGUUAAUCAGUGGGAAUAAAUACAUCAAUUUUGCUCUGCUGAUAAUGAUGGACAUUCCCGCAAACAUCUUCUACUGGUUGGCGCUGGCAAAAUACAAGAGGAAGUUGCCCUUGAUUGCGUCGUUUAUCGUCGGUGGAGUGUUCUGCGUAUCGCAGCCUUUUAUGCCAAAAGCAGGUUACGCGUGGCUCGGGCUGGCGCUGUUCAUGGCGUUCGAGAUGCUGGCCACCUUCUCGUACAACAUCGUGUACAUGUACACGUCGGAGCUGUUCCCCACCUACACGCGCAACUCCAUGCACUCCAUCUGCUCUGCCUUCGGCCGCGUGGGCUCGCUGUUGGCGCCGCAGACUCCGCUGCUGAUGACAUACUGGACCGGUCUACCAGCAGUUAUAUUCGGCCUCACGUCCUUACUGUCCGGCGCCCUGACGCUGCUCAUGCCGGAAACUGCGCGAACGCAACUGCCCGACACGAUCGGAGAGGCGGAAGUCAUCGGGAAGAGAUCCGUCGUCAAAUAUGAUCCGGUCAAAGAUUGCUUAAAGGGAACUUAAAAUGGUUAAAACAAAACUGAGAGAACCAGUAGAAUCAGGUAUCAGAAAAAUUCUGGUAUCAAUAUCAAGGUUUAUCCAAAAUUACAGGUGUAUUUAUAAAAACGUACUCUUACAUCGUUUUAACAUAAGGAAUAGAUAAUGCAUAAUGAAAAUAAGAUGGUAAUGUUCUCUGUGAGUGCCACAACGCCUCAUUUGUGUAAAUGUGCUUAGAAAUUACAAAGUGAAUCGAGUCAAAUAAAUGUACAAACACAUUACUGAGAAUUAUAAAAUAUAUGAAUAUUACAGUUUGUAAAGUUAAAUCACGUCCAUCGUGAACUUAAUGAUAUGAAUAUCAAUUUUACCAUAGUUAUAGUACAAUCCUCCGGCAUUCGAACUCGGAACUUCAAUGAUGAUUCACACUCGUUCUAACCACGAAGCCGUGACUAUUUUUUCUUGUCUGUAUCAGAACGAGGAUAUUGUUUUAAGUAGAGUUUACGGUUCUGUAUAUAAGAUAGA